AUGGCUUCAGACAGCUGGGAAGAGUUGACGGAAGUCGUCCCAGUGAGUGACUUCGAUGCCAAGUUCGAGGCCUUCGGAGCCAAGCUGCCGAAGCGUUUCCAGUCGAAGCGAAAGGAUCCGGCUUACGUGCCUGAGUGCAAGGAGGAGUCCGACCCAGGCUCUGAGAAGUUUGAUCAGAAGAUCAUGAACGAAGUGGCGGAGGAGCUCAAAGACACGGACAACCCGUGUGGCUUAGUUUUCAGCACUCCAAAAACCAAGAAGAAGAAAACUGGCCUCCCGCCGGACAACUUCUUUGGCAUUCCUGACAUCGAUGGCUUUGGAGACGUCUUCGGGUCCGAAAUAGACAAUGAUGGCGAAGGGAUGUCCUACUACGCGUGGAACCUUGAUGAUGUGGACCAGCCAGGGGCGUCGGGCCUCACACCGAAAACAGUCAACGAGUGCGCCAGUCGGGAGAUCAAGCGGGACUUCAAGCUGGCGCAGUGGCAAAGGGAGUACGAGGUGUUUCAGCAGAGACUCGAGGUUUUGGAGAAGGCCGAGGCUCCGUUGGCAGCGCUUCCUGAGGUUCAGGUCGGUGUUUUCGGCGUGGGAAUCACCAUCAAGACGGGCAAGAUCGCCUCGAACGUGGUCAAGGCGUUCCGCCGCGCAUCCACGCUGAACAAUGAGAUGAGGCUCUGGGCAAGAGACAGCCGAUUCGCCACGGCUGACAACGAGGACUGCAACUCCUUACAGCAUGGCCUGGCGCGGAUCUUUUGCGACCUCCACUGUGUUCGGGACGCCGUGAAGAAAGGCGACGCAGCGAUCCUCACGAGCCUGGAAGAGGGCGUUUCGGUUCUUCAGCGGGAGAUGCGCAACCUCUUCCAGGCAUUCGUCCCGGACAGCUCUCAGUCGGCCAGCCUUUUGGCAGCCUCGCAGCACGAAGACUUCCAGCAGAUGCGUGCCGGGCUGGCCACGGACGUCCGUGAGAUGCGACAACUCCUCCAGCGGACGGCGUCCUUCGUGGCGACCAUGAACGACGUCUUACGUGCAAAGACCCGCACCCUGGGAAUCUACCAUGCGGGUGCCUCGAAGAGCAGGCAGCGGCAGUCGACGCUGUAUAAGGGCCUGCAGGACGAGUUGCGAGAAUUGUCUUUCAAGGCAACGCUAAGAGCGAUGGACGCAUCGUGGUGGGAUUUGCGUCGACACCUUGACCGGUACUUGGACUCCUACGAUGCAUAUCUCAGGUCGAGAUGCACCAAAAAGAGCGUCAGG